UUGGCUGUUGCAGUGUAACAGUGUUCUGUGGCCUACAGUUCCCAACAACAUGUCCAAGCUUGCCGGUGUCAAGAGUUGUCGACUGACAAGUGAAGCUGGGUUCGAAGGCACCCUCUUUAAUUAUCUCCCGGUUGAAAGAACUCUGCCAUGAGGAAGCUUUUGGGCAAAGCAGGCCUGUUGGGGUCGGUGUCUGCAGCUUUUGGCUCCAUACUGUGGUCACAGCAGAAGACAGAGUCGGACGUGGUCACCUCAGACGGUGACCCUGCGGAUUCAAACCCACCCAGUUCCUCCUAUGAGCUCAAACUGGUCCAGGUCUUGUUCCGGCACGGCGCUCGGACGCCACUGAAGACCAUACCCGAUGUGAUAGAGGCCCAGUGGGUCCCGUCGCUCUUGGAGCCUCCGCCUCAUACGCACAUCAACUAUGUGGUGAAGGACCUUCAGGGUGGACCGAGGCCACCGUCCCCUGUAGAGGAAAGCUAUCGAAAGAACAUUCUGACUGGAGGCACGUUUCCAGGUCAGCUAACCACACUGGGCAUGCAGCAGCUGUAUGAGCUGGGCACGAGGUUGAGGAGAAGAUACAUAGAGGAGAGUGCCUUCCUUAGCGCCACUUAUGCCCCUGAUGAGGUCUAUGUGCGCUCCACUAACAUUGUGAGGACCAUUGAAUCCGCCAAGUGCCUGGUAGCAGGCCUCUUCCAGCAGAAGCAGAAAGAGAUGGUGUCAAUCUUAACAACGGAGGCAGAAUCUGAAAUUCUGUACCCUAACUAUCACGGAUGCAAGCUUCUCAAAAUCCUUGGCAGCCACCGCUGGGCAGAGUCGUCUACUCUGCCAGACAUUGCUGCAGACCUGCAGAGCAUCCAGAGCGCACUGGGGAUCGCUGCUCACCAGCAUGUCGACUUCAUCCUCAUUAGGGAUGACAUGGUUGCCAGAGAGACGCACGGCCUUCCCUCCCCACCGGCGCUGGACUCCUGGAGGAGCACGGUGGAACAGAGAGCUGUGGACAUGAUGUGCCACGUCUUUGAUCCGAGCAAGAGGGAUAAGUUGCAGCUCUGCGUGGGACCCCUCCUGCAGACACUGAUAAACAACAUUGAAGAGAAACUGCAGGGCGUCUCCUCAGAGCCAAACAGGAAACUGUUCCUUUACUCAGCGCAUGACACCACCCUGAUACCCUGUCUCAUGACACUGGGGAUUUUUGAUAUGAAGUGGCCACCAUAUGCCGCUGACAUCACUCUGGAGCUUCACCAGAACCGACAGACCCGCGAGGCCUUUGUGAAGGUGUCAUACAUCGGGAAGGAUCAACUGAUCCCGGGCUGUAGCGGAGUCUACUGCCCCCUGCAGGAGUUCAAAAAGGUCCUCUCGGCAUACGCGCUGAGCUCUGAAAGCUACCAUUCACUUUGUAACAGCAAAGAAGGCUUGACCGAGUCCUGAGCACUCACACAUGCGCAGCUCUGCCCACAUUUCCAAACGGCAAUCAUCUCACUCCAUCCAAAAAAAAUCAUUAUUAACCUCAGCAGAACUCACGUUUGUCAGUGUCGAGGUUUUUGCAGUGGACGGAAUUUGACUUUAUAAAAUUGAACACAGGUUUGAUCACUUAUUACAGAUUGGUUGAUUUUAUUUGACUAAAUAUAUUGAAUAUUUAUUGCAACAAAACCAUGAAUACUGUGUGUGAGUGUUUAAAUAAAAUCAUAGUCAGUCUUAUGGAGGAAGGUGUCACCCUGUCAAAUAGUAUGUUUUUAUUCUUUUUGGAGAUUUUGCUUUUUAGCAGAGAUGAAUAGUGGGAAUAAUGUUGCUGUUGACAACUAGUUUACUGACUAUCAGUGACUUUACUGGGUGAGUCUGUGCUGUGGGGAAAUCUUGGACAGGCACAGGGGCGUCUUUAAAACGUGUCUUUUGUGUCUGUCGAUGCACUCACACUGCCAAAGUGGUUGAACUCGCAACCAAAGCUCAGUCAUUUCAUUCCUCUGGGGGAAUCCUCGAGCAUUUCAUGUGGUGCCUCUGAUGUUUAUCAUUAAAGGUGCACAGAAAGUGGAUUGAGAAUUAGUAGGUAGAUUUCUUCAGAACUUGUACAGAAAGAACAGGAACACACUUUGUACCUCGUCCAUGGGAGAUUCUUGUUGAUCAAAAUGGAAAGAUGAGGUAAGGAUAUGUGAGACAUAAAUACACGG